CAUCGCAGCUUCCGCAUUUAAUGGCAACACGGAUUUCAUGCGCGUUUUCUUUUCCCGCCCCAACUGAAUGUCAAGCGCGCGAUGGUGACUGGAGCUUCCAGUGGCAUUAUCUGCACGCGCAACAGCGGAUCCGCCGGCGUAUCGGUGUCGUUUCUUUGGUCAAACUGAACCAUGAGCAUCUGGACUGAAGUGUGUCUGGUGUGUUCGGUUUUACCUGUGGAAACCUCCGGCUCUGUGUUAGUUCGGAAGAAAGUGUCGGAGGAAUGACGCGCCCUGAUCUCAAACUCCUCACAACUUUAUUCGCGUGUUUCCUUCAAAUACACAACUUCAGGAUAACAGAAGGAAAAGAGUAUGAGAGAGCAUCUUCAUCGACAAUGUCCCCUUCAGAUUUCCUGGACAAGUUAAUGGGGAGGACGUCCGGAUAUGAUGCGCGCAUAAGACCUAACUUUAAAGGUCCCCCCGUGAACGUCACAUGCAAUAUUUUCAUCAACAGCUUUGGCUCCGUGACGGAGACGACUAUGGACUACAGGGUGAACAUCUUCCUGAGGCAGAAAUGGAACGACCCUCGACUGGCGUACAGCGAGUACCCGGACUCUUCUCUGGAUCUGGACCCCUCCAUGCUCGACUCCAUCUGGAAACCGGAUCUGUUCUUUGCCAAUGAGAAGGGCGCAAACUUCCAUGAUGUCACCACAGAUAACAAACUCCUGAGGAUCUUUAAAGACGGAACGGUUCUGUACAGCAUCAGAUUGACAUUAAUAUUGUCCUGUCCGAUGGAUCUAAAGAACUUUCCCAUGGAUGUACAGACCUGCACGAUGCAGCUGGAGAGUUUCGGCUACACGAUGAAUGAUCUGAUCUUUGAGUGGCUUGAUAAAGGUCCCGUUCAGGUGGCAGAUGCUUUGACUUUACCGCAGUUCCUUAUCAGAGAUGAGAAAGACCUCGGCUACUGCACCAAACACUACAACACAGGUAAGUUCACCUGUAUUGAGGUGAAGUUUCAUCUAGAGCGUCAGAUGGGUUAUUACCUCAUCCAGAUGUACAUCCCCAGUCUGCUGAUCGUCAUCCUCUCCUGGGUCUCCUUCUGGAUCAACAUGGAUGCAGCACCCGCUCGUGUCGCACUCGGCAUCACCACCGUCCUCACCAUGACAACACAGAGCUCCGGCUCACGAGCUUCACUGCCAAAGGUUUCCUAUGUGAAGGCCAUUGACAUCUGGAUGGCCGUGUGUCUGCUGUUUGUCUUCGCCGCUCUUCUGGAAUACGCCGGCGUAAACUUUGUGUCCCGACAGCAGAGGGAAUUUCUUCGCUUGAAACGAAGGGAAAGGCGAAAGCAGAAGGAAGACGAAUUACAAGCCGAACGUUUGCACUUUCCUGGCUACAACAUGACUUCCUGUGAUAAGGACGGUCCCGUGGUAAAACCUGCGACGACUAACUCUGUCCCGCAUCCGCCGAUCCUGAAGAACACAGAACCGAACAGAAAGAAGUUUAUCGACAGAGCGAAGAGAAUCGACACGAUAUCUCGUGCGGCGUUUCCUCUGGUGUUCCUCAUCUUCAACGUCUUUUACUGGAUAACGUUCAAGAUUAUCAGACAUGACAACGCCAGGAGAGACUAGUUUGUCUGAAUCGUUUCAUUUCUUGUGUUUUUACUUUCCGUCAGGGAUUUUGUGGAAACACUGUGGACAAACAUGAGAUAUCUGGAGAUGUAUGGCAGCAAAUAACACACACACACGCACACUCACAACACAAGUACACACACACACACACAUACACACACACACACACACACUCACACACACACACUCACACACACUCGCACACUCACACACUCACACACAAACACAAGUACACACACACUCACACACAAACACAAGUACACACACACGGACACACAAACACAAGUACACACACACUCACACACACACACACACUCGCACACACACACAGACACACAAACACAAGUACACACACACACACACAUCCACACACACACACACACACACACUCGCACACUCACACACUCACACAAGUACACACACACUCACACACAAACACAAGUACACACACACAACACAAGUAC